GUCUGCUGGAGAGGGAAAAGUGCCAACCUGGCAACCGAGACGGGUCCCACUUCUCUUUACCCGAUCCCCUGCGUUCUUGAACAGGACUUAAUGGGCUGGUCAAGUCUGAGUUCCUCAACUUGCCCCUAAGGAACCACAGCAGAUGGUUGCCUUUAAGUGCUCUUGGUUGGCCCAGGCGGUGUUGCGUAGGCAGGAGAGAGGAAUUAUUUCUCACUGGCUAUAGCCAGUUACUUUUGCAGCUCUGUAGUUCGCUCUGUGUUUGGAAGUGGUGCAGGACGUGGAGCCCUUUUAUAGCAGCCUGGGAAGCUUGCUGGGUGGAUGUCAGGGCUUGGCAGCUGGGUGUGGUUGGGAAGAGAUCUUGCAAAUAAGAGGCGGAGGCUGCUAUGCAAAUGAGGAGAGCCUGGCCUCCACAGCAAGAGAUCGAGCCUCCCGGGCCUCCCGUCCAGAUGCGGACACCUGGCGCUGGUCUGACCUGAGUGGAUACCAGGGCAGUUGGCCUUAGAGGAUCCAGAGAAGAAGGGUCAGCAUGCUCUGCGCAAGGCCAGAGGCAGUGGUGCUCCUGGGAGCUCUGCUGACUGCAUCUCUGGAUCCAGCGGGCGGCCGGGACUCACUCCCACUGUCCUGGGAAGUGCAGCGCUAUGACGGCUGGUUCAACAACCUGAGGCAUCACGAGCGUGGCGCAGCCGGCUUCCGACUGCAGCGCCUCGUGCCAGCCAAUUACGCGGAUGGCGUUUAUCAGGCUCUGGCGGAGCCGCUGCUGCCCAACCCGCGCCUACUCAGCGACGCCGCCAUGCGAGGCACCGCCGGGCAGCCAUCCCUCCGCAACCGCACCGUGCUGGGGGUCUUCUUUGGUGAGAGCAAAGUGGGAGGACACCGGGGGUGAGCACUUAGCUUGGCGCCUGGGGAGAGGGACCCUGCGGCCCGUCUGCAAAAGCACAGGAGACGGACCCAAGACUCCCAGGCGCCUUCUCCUCCGCACUAAGCAACAUU